AAGAAUACCAGAUGAACAAAAGCAUCACAAAUGAAGCACAACAGCCUUCAAUCUCACAAUUCCUGGACAAUCGUGUCGGGCAUUACAGCAUGAGUCAUCCACAGCAGAAAGCUAUCACCAAUGCAAUACUGUCUGACCUGAUUAUUGAUUGCAACUUGCCCCUGUCUAUUGUGGAAAACGAGUUUUAGGCACUUUCUGACAGUACUUGACAGCAAGUACACCCCAGUGUGUCGCAGAACACUGACAUCAAAAACAGAGAACCUCGCUGAAGAGAGACGUUCAAAAUUAAAAACUCUAUUUAGCAACACUGACCAUGUUUCAGUCACUGUGGACAUUUGGUCUGACUGAAAGAUGAGGGGAUUCCUGGGUGUCACUGUGCACUGGAUAGAGAAAGAGGCAGAGAGGAUACAGCUGAAGUCCAAUCUCUUGGCCUUGAACAAGAGGAUGACGAUGAUGGAGAUCAUCUUGAUGACCCUGAGCUCUGGUGUGACUUAACCCUGGAAGAUCAGCAAACAGUAGAUGUUGCUAUGGCAAAGAAACAGUGCUUGCAGUGUUUUGUGCACACUUUUCAGCUGGUGGUGGGAGACGGUUUGAAAGAAACAAAUGUGGUAUCUCCUUCUCUUUCAAAGUUAUCAAAACUCAGCUCACUGCUGCACACAAGCACAACAUUCAAAGAUGUGUUUGAUGCUGAAUUUGGGGAACAGAAAGGCAUCCCUGCUGCAGUUAACACAAGAUGGAACUCAACACUGAGGCAAAUGAAGGCAGUUCUCCAGUGCAAUCAUCUAAAGCUCUGUGCUGUUCUAGAAAAGGCUGGGCACAGGGAGUUGUCAUUCACAGCACAGGAGUGGAAUCUGUUGAAGGAGUUGGUGGACAUCUUGAAGCCAUUUGGAGAAGCAACUGAUUUGACAUGGGGGAGAAGGUCAUCACAAUCAGUGCUGUUGUUCCAUCCAUCUUGUCCCUCAGCCACCACCUUGAGAAGCUGAAGCCUCAAGUCUGUUUCCUGAGCAGCCUGGUCAAAAGUCUCCAGGCAUCCCUGAACAGAAGAUUUCUUGGAAUCUUCAUCAACAUGAAAAUGGCCAGGACACAAGAUGGGGUCACUGCUCCCUUUUCAGAUCCAAUCUACCUCAAAGCAGAUGCCUUGGAUCCAGCCUCUUCUCUGUUGUGGGUGGAGCCCCAUGUGCUGGUCAAUCGUGAUGUCAAGGCAGAGGUGGCACAACAAGUUAAAGAAUUGAUCCUGCAAGAUGCUGCAGAGACUGAGCAACAUGUGCCUUUUGUUGAUGAAGAAGAGCAAGAGGACCUCAGAGAAGGAGAAGGGCUGUUUGCUGCAUACCAUAAGAGGCAGAAGAAGGAUGUUGGGACUACUCCAUCACUACAGCUAAGUCACUAUCUUGACAUAGCCGAAGGACAGAACGCCCUUUUGUUCUGGGCAUUGAACAUGAAGACUCUUCCUUCGCUGUUCCGAGUGGCCAUCAGAGUCUUGGCAGUGCCUGCCUCCAGUGCUCCAGUGGAGCGAGUUUUCAGCCAUGGUGGCAUCAUACUACGUCCCCAUCAUGCACAAAUGACUGACAGACUUUUGGCCAAUUUGGUCUUUUGCAAAUGCAAUGCAGCAUAGGGCUCUGACAUAUAAAAAGCACAACCCUGUUCAUUGUUAUGUUCAUGUAUUUGUUAUGUUUCUCACAUGUACACACACACACACACAGACAAUAUUAGAUGAGAUAAGUACAGGACAGGACAAACUGCUGUGGAACUAGUUGAAAUGCAAUAUGCCAUGGAAAUACAAUGUUAGCACUUUUGUACAAAUAAUUACAGUUGCACUUGUUUUUUCAAAUGUGUUUAUUCUGUAAAGGAGUGGUUUAAAAUGAAGAAUAUUCUUACAAAA